AUGUACGACACUGUGUUUGUAUUCAUAGCAAUAUUGUUAAUAUGCAUUUUUACUCUGUUUGCUGUUUUUUACGAUUCUCCAAAUAAAUCCCUUUUGUUAGUGGUGUCAUUUGAUGGUUCCCGGUACGAUUACAUAAAUAAGAACGUAACACGAACCCUACACAGUCUUCAUGAGAGAGGCGUUCACUCUCAAUAUAGGCGCAAUGUUUUUAUUACAAAAACGUUUCCAAAUCAUCACUCAAUAGCCACAGGUUUAUUUCCAAGUUCACACGUUGUUAUGGAAAGUAGUGUAUAUGAUGAGAGAUACUGCAAAGUUAUUUCAUACAGCGAAGAACUGUGGAAAUUCGGAAACAGUGUUGCUCCACUUUGGAGCCUAAAUGAAAAACUGAACCAUGCGGUGGGGUUUACAUGUGGUCAGGAGGAGAGUUUGACUAUCACUAGAUUUAAGCCAUCUGUAUCGUGGACAGAUCUAGUCGAUGCAGUGUUAACAUGAUUUAUGGAUCCUGUCUCUCCAGCAAACUUGGUGUUUCUCUAUUUUGAAGAGCCUCACAGCCAUUCACAUUUAUUUCGUCCUGAGUCACAGGAGGUGUUAAAGCAGAUUAUGAGGUGCGAUAAUAUAGCUAAAUAUUUGUUUGACCAGAUAGCUGUUACUGCCUUAAGUAGUAAGCUUAAUGUAUUUCUUUUGAGUGAUCAUGGCAUGGACAGUGUAUCAGCAGACAGAAUAAUCAACUUGACGCAUUAUGUUAGCAAAACGAAGUACACCCUAACAGCCAGCACAUCACCUGCACUGCAUGUAAUUCCGGAAAAAGACUUAGAAAUGUCUAAAAGAAUACGUGACUCGUCUUUAGAAAGAGUUCUGAAUGAAAUUUCAGAUGAAGAUUCUGACUCGGGGAGUGAAAGUGAUUAUGAGGAAGGUGUUACGGAGUAUGAUUCAGAUCGGGAAAGUGGUGUGGAUGUUAGAGAAGAUUAA